AUGAAGACCUUUGUGAUCGCUGUUAUUAUUUUACAUUUGGUGCGUGGGAACGAAGAAGAUUUUAAAAUUAUCGACUCUAUUAUCCAAGAGAGACCAUGUGCGGAAGCAGGCGGUAUGUGUACAGUAGCAGAAGAUUGCCCAAAAGGUCACCUUGCAGAAAGGCAAGGGCUUUGUCCAACACAAAAGAAGCAAGGAAUUGACUGCUGUCAUGGAAUUUCAAUGAAAGAAACCCGCUGUAUUAAGCACGGCGGAGUGUGCAUGAAACCGGAAGAGUUUUGUAACCCAAGCCUCGUCUUCGAUGGAGCCACUGAUUGUGUUGAUAGAAAGUGCUGUAUAAUGACUCUU